CUAUAUUACUAGAUUAUAAUGGGCAAGAACCACUACAUGCUUAUUAUGUAAAACUUAAAGCUAUAAAUAAAACAGCCAAAUCUUUAGGUGUUGCUGCUUUUAAUGUUGCAAAAAGAACAAAUAUUAUGAAAAGUAAAAUAACAG